UGAAGUGUAUGUCUGUACAAUUUUGACAACUUAAAUGAUGUUAUGUUGACGCCUGACGGCUGAUACUUAGAAAAGUCUUUUGAGGUUAUGUAAAAGGAGAAAAAUAUUAACAAAAAAUCUGUUAAAUAUGGCUUCAUUACAAGUAGCUAUACGACAUUUGUUGUCCACAUCAAGACGAGCGGUAAUUUCAACAAUAAGGCCGUAUUCUCAAGCAGUGGUAGAAAAUGAUGACGCCCCAGUCGAAAUGGAAAAUCCAUAUAAGAAAGAACGCAAACAAUGUAUUCUUUGCAAGCUGAAUAUAAGACCCGAUUACAAGAACUACAGACUGCUAUCACAGUUCCAGAGCCCUUACACGGGCAGAAUAUACGGAAGACAUAUAACCGGGUUGUGUAAAGCGAAGCAAGCCUUAGUGGAUUCUGAGAUAACAAAAGCACAAAACAGCGGCUAUAUGCCUUACUAUUACAAAGACAAGGCAUUCCUGAAAGACCCAAAGCUCUUUGAUCCCGAAAACCCCAUUCGUUUCCAUAGAUUUUAAUAUUAUCAUUAAUUGCAUGUAGAAAAGUCACUUAAAAUUAUUAAUAGGAAUAAAUAUGUUGUUUUAUAAAAAA